AUGGUAUUCAGAGCAGGUGCCUUCCUGCUACCUUCUUGCUUCCGCUGCCUAUCGUCUUGCCGCGCGCCUCGGGCGCGCGGCGUAGCGCACGGCGAUUUUCUGCCCGCCGUGUGCUCGGGGCGCACGGCGGUUUUCUGCCCGCCGUGCGCCCCGAGGCGCGCGGCGGGUCCCUCCCGUCGCCUCGUCGCGGCACUUUCGGGGCCCGCGAGCCGGCCCCUCCCGUUGCCUCGUCGCGGCGCCUUAGGGGCCUGCGCGCGGUCCCCUCUCGUCGCCCGUCGAGGCACUUUUGUGGACCUGCGCGGCUCCCUAGCACGUCGCCCUUCAGGGCACAAUGGGGGCCCCGCCAUUCCCCUCCCCUCCCUCCUACUUUCCGCUGCAGCAGCCGCUACUACAGCAGCCGCCCCAGUAGCAGUAGCCCCUGGAGCAGCAGCAGCAGCCCCAGCAGCAGCAGCCCCGGGACCAGCCGCCCCAGCAGCAGCCCCUGGAGCAGCAGCCCCAGCAGCAGCAGCCCCUGGAGCCGCCCCAGCAGCAGCAGCCCCGGGAGCAGCCGCCCCAGCAGCAGCCCCUGGAGCAGCAGCCCCAGCAGCAGCAGCCACUGGAGCAGCCGCCCCAGCAGCAGCUGCCCCUGGAGCGGCCACCCCAGCAGCAGCAGCCCCUGGAGCCGCCGCUACUGCAGCAGCCACCCCAGCAGCAGCAGCCCCUGGAGCAGCAGCAGCAGCCCCAGCAGCAGCAGCCCCGGGAGCAGCCGCCCCAGCAGCAGCCCCUGGAGCGGCCACCCCAGCAGCAGCAGCCCCUGGAGCAGCCGCUACUGCAGCAGCCGCCCCAGCAGCAGCAGCAGCCCCAGCAGCCCCAGCAGCAGCAGCCCCGGGACCAGCCGCCCCAGCAGCAGCCCCUGGAGCAGCAGCCCCUGGAGCCGCCCCAGCAUCAGCAGCCCCGGGAGCAGCCGCCCCAGCAGCAGCCCCUGGAGCAGCAGCCCCAGCAGCAGCAGCCACUGGAGCAGCCGCCCUAGCAGCAGCUGCCCCUGGAGCGGCCACCCCAGCAGCAGCAGCCCCUAGAGCCGCCGCUACUACAGCAGCCACCCCAGCAGCAGUAGCCCCUGGAGCAGCAGCAGCAGCCCCAGCAGCAGCAGCCCCGGGAGCAGCCGCCCCAGCAGCAGCCCCUGGAGCAGCAGCCCCAGCAGCAGCAGCCACUGGAGCAGCCGCCCCAGCAGCAGCAGCCCCUGGAGCAGCCACCCCAGCAGCAGCAGCCCCUGGAGCCGCCCCAGCAGCAGCAGCCCCGGGAGCAGCCGCCCCAGCAGCAGCCCCUGGAGCAACAGCCCCAGCAGCAGCAGCAGCCACUGGAGCAGCCGCCCCAGCAGCAGCAGCCCCUGGAGCAACCGCCGCUGCAGCAGCCGCCCCUAGCCCCUGCAGCAGCCGUUCCUGGACCCGGCUUUGA